AUGUUAUCAACGGCAACAAAGGAAACUGAGAAAUCGGCAACGGCAACAACAGACACUGAGAAAUCGGCAACCGCAACAACAGACACUGAGAAAUCGGCAACCGCAACAACAGACACUGAGAAAUUGGCAAAGGCAACAACAGACAUCGAUAUGUUAGUAACGGCAACAACAGACACCGAGAUGUUAGUAACGCCAAAAACAGACACUGAGAAAUUGGCAACAGCAACAACAGACACCGAUAUGUUAGUAGCGGCAACAACAGACACCGAGAUGUUAGUAACGGUAACAACAGACACUGAGAAAUUGGCAACAGCAACAACAGACACUGACAAAUCGGCAACGACAACAACAGACGCCGCGCAAUUGGCAAAGGCAACAACAGACACUGAGAAAUUGGCAACCGCAACAACCGACACUGAGAAAUUGGCAACGACAACAACAGACACCGAGCAAUUGGCAAAGACAACAACAGACACUGAGAAAUUGGCAACCGCAGCAACAGACACUGAGAAAUUGGCAACGGUAACAACAGACACUGAGAAAUUGCCAACGGCAACAACAGACACUGAGAAAUUACCAACGGUAACAACAGACACUGAAAAAUUGCCAACGGUAACAACAGACACUGAGAAAUUGGCAACGGCAACAACAGACACCGAGCAAUUGGCAACGGCAACAGCAGACACUGAGAAAUUGGCAACGGCAACAACAGACACUGAGAAAUUGGCAACGGUAACAACAGACACCGAGCGAUUGGCAAAGGCAACAACAGACACUGAGAAAUUGGCAACGGCAACAACAGACACUGAAAAAUUGGCAACAACAACAACAGACACCGAGCAAUUGGCAAAGGCAACAACAGACACUGAGAAAUUGGCAACGACAACAACAGACACUGAGAAAUUGGCAACGGUAAUAACAGACACUGAGAAAUUGGCAAAGGCAACAACCGACACUGACAAAUUGGCAACGGCAACAACAGACACUGAGAAAUUGGCAACGCCAACAACAGACACUGAGAAAUUGGCAAAGGCAACAACAGACAUCGAUAUGUUAGUAACGGCAACAACAGACACCGAGAUGUUAGUAACGCCAACAACAGACACUGAGAAAUUGGCAACAGCAACAACAGACACCGAUAUGUUAGUAGCGGCAACAACAGACACCGAGAUGUUAGUAACGGCAACAACAGACACUGGGAAAUUGGCAACAGCAACAACAGACACCGAUAUGUUAGUAGCGGCAACAACAGACACCGAGAUGUUAGUAACGGCAACAACAUACACUGAGAAAUUGUCAACGGCAACAACAGGCACUGAGAAAUUGGCAACGACAACAACAGACACCGAGCAAUUGGCAAAGGCAACAACAGACACUGAGAAAUUGGCAACCGCAACAACCGACACUGAGAAAUUGGCAACGGCAACAACAGACACUGAGAAAUUGGCAACGACAACAACAGACACUGAGAAAUUACCGACGGUAACAACAGACACUGAAAAAUUGCCAACGGUAACAACCGACACUGAGAAAUUGGCAACGGCAAAAACAGGCACUGAGAAAUUGACAACGGCAACAGCAGACAUUGAGAAAUUGGCAACCGCAACAACAGACACUGAGAAAUUGGCAACGACAACAACAGACACCGAGCAAUUGGCAAAGGCAACAACAGACAUCGAUAUGUUAGUAACGGCAACAACAGACACCGAGAUGUUAGUAACGCCAACAACAGACACUGAGAAAUUGGCAACAUCAACAACAGACACCGAUAUGUUAGUAGCGGCAACAACAGACACCGAUAUGUUAGUAACAGCAACAACAGACACCGAUAUGUUAGUAGCGGCAACAACAGACACCGAGAUGCUAGUAACGGCAACAACAGACACUGAGAAAUUGGUAACAGCAACAACAGACACCGAUAUGUUAGUAGCGGCAACAACAGACACCGAGAUGUUAGUAACGGCAACAACAGACGCUGAGAAAUUGGCAACAGCAACAACAGACACCGAUAUGUUAGUAGCGGCAACAACAGACACCGAUAUGUUAGUAACAGCAACAACAGACACUGAUAAAUUGGCAACGGCAACAACAGACACCGAUAUGUUAGUAACAGCAACAACAGACACCGAUAUGUUAGUAACAGCAACAACAGACACUGAUAAAUUGGCAACGGCAACAACAGGCACUGAGAAAUCGGCAACGGCAACAACAGGCACUGAGAAAUUGGCAACGGUAACAACAGACACUGAUAUGUUAGUAACGGCAAAAACAGACACUGACAUGUUACCAGCGGCAACAAAGGAAACUAAGAAAUUGGCAACAGCAGCGACAGACACCGAGAUGUUACUUACGGCAACAACAGACACAUUGGCAACAGUAACAAACACAUAUAUACAAGCAUUGGCAGCAACACACACAAAAACAUACAUCUGUCACAACGACAACUACGGAUACAUCGGUCACACCAACAACUACAGAUACAUCUGCCACGCCAACAACUACAAAUACAUCUGUCACACCAACAAAUACAGAUACAUCUGUCACGCCAACAACUACAUCUGUCGCACCAACAACUGA